UCCAAAUUUUGCUGGGACCAGCUUGCCGCCGCCAGCGCCAUGGAGGUGCUCCCCGUCCGCGCGCGGCUCUCGGCGCUUGACGACGACGACGACGAUGGCGGCGGCACCGUCUCGUCCGGCUCAUCCUCGGCCGCCACGUCGCCGGCCCGCUCGCCGUCGCCGGCGCCCGUGGCGCGCGGCCCGCGCGCCGUGGUCCUCGGGGCCCCGCGCGUCGCGGCGCAGCUCUCGUCCACCGAGGACGACGACGGGGAGGUGUUCGACGACGGCACGGACUACGAGGGGGACGAGGUGGAGGUGCUGGAUGAGCUGUCGAACGGCUUCUUCCGCAUCGCCAAGGUGCCACCGCCGCCGUCCUCGAGCGAAGAGUUGAGCCCGAUCUCGGCCGACGAGCCGGUGGUGAGUGUCUCGUCUCCGUCCGAAAGUGGGUACUUCGGCGCGGCGGAGGGUUCCCUGAAAGAGGAGUUUGCGGGCGCCAGGAAAUUCGCCGACGUGUUCGACGCUGGCGUCAGGCUCGGGUUUGAGGAUGCCAACGGCGGUGUCGUUGUGGAUGCCGAGAAUACAGGCGUCGGUAGCUCGUUGGAGGGGAGCUUCCAGAGCUCAGGGAGCAUCAUCGGCGUGUUUGAUGACACCGAGGUCACCAAAUUAGGUGAUUUGGUGAGUGCUUCAGAUGGUUCUCCGCUGAAUGCUGACAAGAAGGGAGCUCAGGAUUUUGGUGCUGAGGUUGUCAAUGACAAAGUGCCCGAGCCUUCCGUAGGCGACUCUGGGGGCAGCGCAGAUGGUAAUGGUAUGCACGUUGAGGAUGAAUUGGAGGCGCAGGUUGGAAGGUCUGACAAUGAGGUUGCUGAAUUGCCUCCAGUGGGCAGUGCUCCAGAAGAACGAGAUGCUGGUCAUGAACUUCUCAAUGAUGAUUCUGAUGCAAAAGAUGGCAUGAACAAUCAUGAGAAUGCAACAUAUUUCGUUGAUUCCAGUCCUGGAUAUUUUGCCACAGGAGAUGGCGCAUCUGAGCUCUUAAAAGUUCCUUCCAAUGUUGAUGACUUGCAUGAUGUUGCCAGUGAUGUUCAUCAUGUUGAUGAGGAGGAAACUGAUGGUGGUUAUGAAGCCUCUGAUCAUAUGUCAAUGCCAACCUUUGGGACUAACAGUACUAUUGAAAUACCUGCAAAUGAAUCAGAGCACAAUGUGCUUGCUUCCAAGGGCAGACACUUAAGUCUGGAUGAUGAGUUUCACGAUGAUAGUGCGGAGGAGGAGAGUGAGGUGAAUGAGAAGGAAAUAGAGUUUUUCGAUUAUGCAGCUUUAGCUGAGCUUCUAAGAGCUGCCAAUGGAUCGCCUGGACAAGGCAUGGCUAAGGUUUUCCCGAUUGAAACAUCAGUGCCCCUUCCAGUCCCUCCAACCAUGGCCAGCAUUCCUAGGACAAAUGUGACCUCUAGUCCUGUGCUGGAAGUGGUUCCUAACCCCGACAGUGAGAUGACUGAUGAAGAGAGGAAGUUGUACAAAAAGGUGGACACUGCACGAGUAAAGUACUUGCGUCUUAUUCAUAGACUGGGGUAUGACACUGAACAUCAGAUAGCUAUACAAGUGUUGUAUCGGCUUAGUCUUGUUGAAGGCUUUAGGCGCAUAAGGGUGGCAAACCAUUCCUCUGAGCUUGAGAGUGCCUGGAAGAAGGCUGUGCAGCUGGAGGCAGAGGGAACAGAGGACUUGGAAUUCUCCUGCAAUGUGCUGGUCCUUGGGAAGACAGGUGUGGGGAAGAGUGCAACAAUAAACUCCAUAUUUGGGGAGGACAAAUCCAAAACAAGUGCUUUUCUUCCAGCAACAACUACUGUGAAGGAGAUUGCUGGGGUUGUUGGUGGUGUUAAGUUUCGUGUUGUCGACACCCCAGGACUUGGAACUAGUCCCAUGGAUGAGAAAACAAACAGGAAAGUGCUUAACUCUGUUAAGAAGUAUAUCAAGAGAUGCCCUCCUGAUGUUGUUUUGUAUGUUGAUCGGAUUGAUACACAGCGCCAGGAUGCAAACAACUUGUCCUUACUGCGAUGCAUUACUAGUGUGCUAGGCCCAAUAUGGUCCAAAACCAUUAUUACUCUCACCCACUCAGCAGCAGCUCCACCUGAAGGCCCUAGUGGCACCCCGUUGAAUUAUGCGAUGGCUGCCACUCAGCGGACUCAUUCAAUUCAGCAAAGUAUCCGGCAGGCAACUAAUGAUCCUCGGAUUGAGAACACAGUGGCUCUUGUGGAGAAUCAUCACCUCUGUCGGACGAACACAGAGGGUGAAAAGGUGCUUCCUAAUGGCCUUAUUUGGAGGUGUUUCCUCCUCCUCCUGUGCUACUCGGUAAAGAUGGUUACAGAGAUUGACAUCCUCUCAACUCGCCGUGCUUCUCCAGCAAACCUAUUUAGUCUGCGUCUUCAGAUGCCUCCACUUCCUUACUUCUUGUCAUCUUUGUUGCAAUCUAGAGAGCACCCAAGGUCUGCUGCUGACCAGGAUGUUGGGGGUGUUGAUCCUGAUGAAUUGAUGGAUGAGGAUGAAGAAGAUGACUAUGAUCAACUUCCACCCUUUAAGCCAUUAAGUAAAUCACAGGUUGCAAAACUGUCCAAGGAGCAACAGAAAUUGUAUUUCGAUGAGUAUGACUACCGAACCAAGCUUCUUGAGAAAAAACAGUUGAAGGAACAGCUCCAAAGACUGAAGGAAAUAAAGAGAGAGGGAAACAACAAUGAUGUACUUGGUGACGAUGAUAAUCCUGAUGAUGAAUAUGAGACAGAUAGAUCUGCCAUGCCAGAUUGGGCCUUGCCAUCUUCAUUUGACUCUGAUGAUCCAGUAUACCGUUAUCGGUGUCUUGAACCUACACCAAACCUUCUGGUGCGCGCUGUUACUAACCCUGAUGGAUGGGAUCAUGAUUGUGGAUUUGAUGGCGUGAGCCUCCAAUACAGCCUUGAUGCGGCCAAUUCAUUUCCAGCUUCUCUGUGGGUCCAAGUUAACAAGGACAAGAGAGAAUCAACCAUUCAUUUGGAAUCCUCGGUAUCAGCUAAGCAUAGAGAAAAUGUUUCAACCCUCGCAGGCUUUGACAUCAAAACCAUAAUGGACCAGCUUGCGUACACUCUCAGAGGUGAGAGCAGAUUCAAUAACUUAAAGAAAAACACAACUACUGGAGGUUUGUCCAUGACUUUCUUGGGAGAUACCAUGGUGACUGGAGCGAAGUUUGAAGACAAGCUAUCAGUUGGUGAUAGAUUAACACUAUUAGCAAACACUGGUGCUGUAUCCAUUAGAGGUGAUACUGCAUAUGGAGUGAAUAUAGAGGCAACCCUGCGAGAGAGAGACUAUCUCAUGGGCCAAGACCUUGCAAAUUUGGGAGCGUCCCUGGUUAGAUGGCGUAAAGAAUGGAACAUGGCUGCAAAGUUGGAUUCUCAGUUCUCUUUGGGAAGAGCUUCAAAUGUGGCUGUUCAUGUUGAUUUGAACAACAAAUUAACUGGACGGGUCAGCAUCAAGGCCAAUACUUCAGAACAAUUGAAGAUUGCUCUAUUAGGUGUCUGUUCAAUGACUAUGUACUUAUGGAGCAGGAUGCAUCCUUUUGCAGAUCGUAAUUAUUAAUGGCACUGUUGGUGGACAACUUUAAGAGCAGAAGAACAAGAUCCACUCUUGUUUUGGAGGUGACCGGGGUAACAGCUGUUAAACCAUAAUACCAUAGUGAGUUACUACCAUUUUUUUCUCUCCGUGCUGCCUCUUUCGAUUAUCGUCUUAUAUCUAUUUUUUCACUCUUUGGUGCCUCUUUCGAUGAAGCAACUACAGUUCGGCAACGGCAAAUACAAGAAGUCUAGAUGUUGGGUAAAACGAGAACCAUGAUAUUAAACUCAAUGUUAAUGGUUAGUAAACUUUUUGAACUAUAUUUGUGCCCUUUGUGCCGGACAUCUGAAAGAGAAAUUAUAGUUUCUUCUAGCUGUUACCUUGUGUUAGACAACAUAUGUUGUCCUGAUGUACAGGCUGAAAUCAAAGGUUAUCACGUUGGUCGGGCCUUUUUGUUUGGUAAUAUCAAUGACAAUUUCUUUGUGGAUAUCUGAAGAUAAGAUAAGGUGCUAGGAAAAGAAAGCCAGUAUUGGUCCACUCGCCCACUCGGCAUUGGCUUAUCCUUGCAAGUUGGGGGCUUUCUUUCAUUUCUUGGUUUAGGAUUCUCAGGUCAUUAGUUUACAUCAAUAGAGGAAUCAAAUUCAAAGUCACUCAGCUCGUUUCUUAUGUUUUUUUUUGUUUCCUUCUGAAUUAUAACAAACACAUAUGAUGUUUCAGAUUUCAGUAGGAUUACAAAAUUUCAACCAUGGUAUUUUUUUUAAUAAAAAGCAAACAUGAUUUCCUGGGUAUAGUCUUCCAUAAGCAGGACUCUUGCUUCCAGAUCAAAAGCAAUAACACAGAAAGAUCAUUUGCACAACCAGCGUCUCUCUUGCAAGUGCAGGAUACAUGCUUCCUGACAAGUAACAACCAUUCCAGAUCACAAGAAAUGGAAGGAAAGGGAUAAUUUGGUUGAUAGGACAAUAUAUGCAAUGGUCCAGACUCCAGACUGUACGUGUACUACCAAUACUGCAUAUAGCAGAUGUUUGCUCAAACAAUCUUUCUUUCACUGAAAGAAAAGCAGAACUUGCGUAAUAAACACAUCCAAGUACCUAUCUGCCUUUGCAUAAAAACAUAAUUUACACUUUCUUCCCAGAAAUCAUCAACAUGCUGUUUUUCAACAACUUCACCCCAAAUCAAAAGGACAAAACACAAAUAUCAUUUCAUAGUUUCACAGCUUAAUAACGUGGAACAUGAGUAGGGUUUUCUCAAUUCUCAUAACUUUGCACAAAA